AUGCGCGCCCGCGGCUGGUACGUCCCGGCGGACUUGGAACCUAGCCGAUUCCCAGGCCUGCGUAUCCAGUCUACCGAGGUCUUGGCCGAGCCUUUCGUCUUCUCAAAGGCGUCCAGCAACCGCCUCAAGAACAGGCCGCCCGAUGGCCGCUCCUGGCUCGCGGCCUACGUGGGCAGGCCUGACGCCUCGGAGGCAGAAGGCAUCGAAUACGCCGAGUCGCUGUUGGAUGAGCCGUUCGACGGGCUGUGCACGCACCUCAUCCCGAGGAAGAAACAUCGCAUCGCGCCCAUCGGCGCGGGGGCCGGGCUGGCUGCCCCCAACGUCCAGCUCACGGUCCCGGGCUCGCUGGGUGUGAUCGUCGGCCCGGCGGGCAGCGGCAAGUCGAGCUUCGCCCGCUUCUGGCUGGGGAUGCCCGCCCGGGCCGAGUGGGGGUCGGUGCUGUCGCACUUCCAGAGCCCCGACGCGGCAACCGCCGCGCUUUCGGCCGCGGCGCUCUCUACCAGCACGGCCACGGCCCCGCACGCCCAGCUGUCCAGGGGCGAGCAGAGCCGCGCGGACGUAGCGCGCGCCCUGGCAGCCCUGGCGCAGGGCCUCAAGCCAGAGGCACUCUCUCGUCCCAUGUGCCCAGAGGCGCGCACGCCGGCGCUCGUCCUGGAGGAGUUCACCUCGCUGUUGGACCGCGCCACGGCACAGCGGGUGGCGGCCGGCGUGUCGCGCUUCCUGCGCGCGCUGCCCGCGGCCUCUGGGCGCCCCGCCCUCGUGGUGGUGACCUGCCACGAGGACCUCGUGGGCGCCGGCAGGCUGGAGCCCGACUGGGUCUUCGAGACGAGGCCCGGGAAGCUGUCACUCCUGCGGCCCGCGUCGCCGCCCGGGCCCCUGCCCGGCGACAGCGACACUCCGGCGGGGGAGGGCGCCCGCCUGCGCGGUGUGGCGACCCCUUGCCGCACGCCCAGUCCGGACGAGGACGCGGCUGCGGCAGCCCUGGCCUCGGCCGCGGCCGCGGCCGCGCCGCCACCCAUCGGGAAGGCGACGCCCACCGGCCCGUCGGCCGCGCAGGCCUCGGCGGCAGCCCCAGGCCCCACCGACUGGCUGGCCGCGCCCCUCUGCCUGGAGCGCGUACGGCUGGAGGUGCGCAGGGCCCUCCCGUGCGAGUGGGCCCACUUCCGGGAGCACCACUACAAGGACCACACCCUCGUCGCCUCGGCCGUGGGCUGGGUCGGCCUGCUGGCCGGGCGCCCCGUCGGCUGCACAUUCGCGGUGAAUUUGGCGCCGAAUUACGUCGCCAACGGCCGCCUGGACCGCUGCCCCCAGCGCAGCUUCCAGAAGCGGACCGCCGUCGAGAACGAGGAGAGGUGGCUCGCGCUGCCGCUGUCGUGGGCGCGUCGCCCUGGGGCCCGCGAGCACAGGACGGUGGUGCACCCCGACUUCCAGGGCUGCUCCCUCGGCAGCGCCCUGAGCGACGCCGUGGCGCGGGAGCACGAGCUUCAGGGCUGGCUCUUCGCGUCGAAGACGGCCCACCCGCACUUCGGCUCCUACCGCGACCGCUCCCCCUUUUGGGCGCCGUGCCCCAACAACGGCGUGGCGCCGAAGAGCGGGGCCGCCGCCUCCUUCCACCACUUCUGGGUCGGCGCCGUGAGGCCGGACGGCACCACGGACCCCGAGCGCGAAGGGAAGCUCGCCGCUCGCAUGGUCGACGGGCGCAUCAGGGCCGCGGGCGGGGCGUGA